UGAACUGACUCUGACUGACAAGCCAAUCUGAUUGUUUCGUUCAGACUCAGUGAAGUCUACGACGAUAAAUAACACUACAAGCACAAUGGCAUUCUAUUGUUGUAGCAGAUUGGGAACUAAGUCGGUAUUUUCAACUAUUAAUAAGUUCCCUACAGUAUUGGGUACUGCUCAAUAUGCACAAGCAGCGGGUGCAAUCCCAAAAAUUACCUACAAAAAGUACGAGGAACCGAAGCCAGAACAUCAUGAUAUUAGAAAUGAAAAACUCAAUCGCCCUUUGUCGCCCCAUCUCACCAUUUAUUCUCCCCAACUUACCAGUAUGUUAUCUAUAACUCAUCGCGCCGCAGGGAUGAUUUUGUCUGGUUAUGUAAGUGCCCUGGGGAUUGGGGCAUUAGUUCUGCCGAAUGAUGUAUCUCACUACAUCACCAUGAUCGAGGGGCUCAACCUGUCCCCAGCAACACUAUUACUGGCAAAGGCUAUUAUUGCAGCUCCAUUAGGCUACCACUUUGUCAAUGGUAUCAGACAUUUGUACUGGGACACAGCUAAGGGUUUAACUAUCAAGGAAGUGUAUGCUACUGGUUAUGCGAUGCUGGCUGCGUCAGCUGUUGUUACUCUCAUUAUCGCAGCAUUAUAAUUAUAAUCAUAACACAUUAGAAUAAAAAAAGAUGUUCUGGAAAAUAAUAUUUAUUUGUUACCAUUUUAAGUAAUAUAUUUAAUAAAAAGUUCACAAUCA